AUGGGGCUGGACUACUCAAAGCUACUGGUUGGCUCCCCAAAGGAGCCCCCCAAGACGGUGCUGGUGCCGCCGCUGUUCGAGCGGGAUCUAAAGGGGCGCAGCCGCAUGGCCAAAUCGUCCUUUGACUACCAAUUCGCAAAGCCGGCCCUGAGGUGGCUGUUUGAAGACUAUUAUGGCCAGGGCCUGAACAGCGUGCUCUUCUUCGCGCCCAGCGCCGACCCCCGCAUCAGCGUGAAAGCCAAGAUAGGAUCUGAAGAUGCAGGCACGCUGUCGCUGCGGUUCCAGCCGCUGGGGCUGCGGGAGCCCCUCUGCUUCGCCGAUAUCAAGGCCAGCCCCAGGUCGGCAGGAGACGUGACGCUCCGGCUCUGCGGCUUCAGCACUGAGGGCGGCCUGGGGGCGUUCGCAACUCUGCCCAUGGCCAAGCACGUGUCAGGCAAGCGCGCGCAGGUGGGGGUGCGCUACAGCUCGCCCGACCUCAGCAGCGGCGCCAUCAUUCAGCCGGCCACCAACACUCUCGAGGCCCUGUGGCUGGUGGGGCGCCGCGACGGCGUCACAGCCGGCCUCCAGCUUCGGCCGUGCCUCGCUCUGCACGACGUGUCCGGCGCCCUCAGAUCCGCCACCGCCGCCGCCGGCGGCGCGCCCGAGUGGCUGCGCGCGGUCAGCAGCGUUGCCGUCGCCUACUCCCCCGCGGCGGGCGGGCGGACGCGGGGCGGGCAGCCGGCGUUCACGGCGGCCAUGGAAAUGCAGGAGGGGCGCAGCUUCAUCAUGUCUUUCUUCCAGCACAUGGCCGCGGUGCGCCAGGUGUUCAACCCCCUCGAGUCCGACUCAGUCAUCGGCAUUACUAACUACAUCGACGUUGGCAUGCAGCUGCAGGUGCCUCUCGCCACGAGCGACGAGGGCGGCGGGGACACCACUGGGCUGCGCAUCGCGGCGUCGUGGCAGGCCAAUAAGAACGUCCUGCUCAAGGGGCGGCUGGGGUCUGACGGCGUUGCGCUGCUCGCCGCGUUCAAGUCGUGGUUUCAGCCCAGCCUGGCGCUCGCAGUGUCGUGCGAGUACAAUUUCAGGGCCAGCCAGCCGCGCUUUGGCUUCACGGCGCAGGUGGAAAACUUUGGCGCCCUGCGGUAUGAGCGCUCACGGGAGGUCCAGGUGCACGGCCGCACGCUGACUCAGCGCCACGAGGCGACCAACGCCGAGGUUGCCAUGAGCCAACAUGACAGGCCGCUGGUGGACCUUGGCGCCGCCGACGCCACCUUCAACGCCGCGGAGCCGGCCAGCGUCGAGUACCUGUGA